ACUAAUCCACUAUAAAUAACACCCUUGCUUCCAAAAUCCUUACACAAAUUGCAAGCUCAAAUGGAAUCAAUUUCCCCAUCCCUACUUCUCACUCCUCCAUUCCAAUCCAAAAAUGGCCUCAAUCUCGUAUUCGACGCAUCCCUCCUCCAACAGCAACCCAACCUCCCCACACAAUUCCUAUGGCCCCACGAGGACACAUCCUACGCCGCCGCCGCCGACGAGCUCAACGACCCGCCGGUCGACCUCGCCGGAUUCUUCCACGGAGAUCGAGGCCUCAUCAAUUCCACCGCCGCGCAGAUCAGGACGGCCUGCUCCAACCACGGCUUCUUCCAAGUCGUGAACCACGGCGUCGACCUAGCCCUCGUCCGCGCCGCCCAUCAACAUAUGGACGCAUUCUUCAGCCUCCCCCUCCGCCGCAAGCUCGCCGUCGGGAGACAGCCCGGCGGCCUCCGCGGCUACUCCGGCGCCCACGCCGACCGCUUCUCCUCCAAGCUCCCAUGGAAGGAGACCUUCUCCGUGACCUACAAACAUGCCCCCGCCCCCGCCCCCGCCCCCGCCCUCGACGUAGUUAACUACAUCAAACGCGGAGUAGGCCAGGAUUUUGAGGAAUCAGGGUAUGUGUUGCAGAGGUAUUGUGAAGCAAUGCACGAGUUAUCAAUGGCGAUCUUCGAGCUGCUGGCGAUUAGCUUAGGGUUAGAGCAGUUGCAGUGCCGGGAAUUCUUCGAGGGCGGCUGCUCGGUGAUGCGGGGCAACAACUACCCGCCGUGCAAGGAGGCGGGGCUCACCCUCGGCACGGGGCCCCACUCGGACCCGAACGCGCUGACGUUGCUGCAUCAAGAUGAAGUCGGAGGGCUCGAGAUCUUCGCGGACAACAAAUGGAGAGCCAUCCGACCUUGCCGUGAGGCCUUUGUUGUUAACAUUGGUGACACUUUCAUGGCAUUAUGCAACGGGCGAUACAAGAGCUGCCUGCAUCGGGCGGUGGUGAACAAGGAGAGGGUUCGGAGAUCCCUCGUGUUCUUCGUGAACCCUAAUGAGGACAAGGUGGUGAGGCCCCCAGGGCGACUGCUGGGGCCCACGGCCCCGGCGCGGCUCUACCCCGACUUCACGUGGUCCGAUUUGAGGGAUUUCACCCAAAACCACUACAGGGCCGACACUUGUACGCUCCAACACUUUGUCAGCUGGCUUUCCAAUAAGACACAGCAUUAUUCGCUUCCUUAAAUAUUUAUUUUAUUUUUUCUGAUUUUUGUGUCGUUGAUCUCUCUCUCUCUCUCUCUCUCUCAUAAGUCUGUAUGUAUGUAUUUGUGUGUGUAGUUGCGUUGUGUGUAUACGUGGUGAGGUCAAUCGUGUUUAUCUUCGUUAUUUUUAUUUUUAUUUUGUUAUUUUCUGGGCUUCUCGUUUAUUAGGUUCUGGAUUCGACUGCCUUUUGUAGUAUUCUCUGGAUUGAAUCUUGGCAAAUAAUUGUGAUGUAUCUCAUUGAUUAA